AUGGGCGACGGCAACAGAAGCAGGUCGCCACCACCCAGAAGUGGCAAAUUCUGGUGGGUUCAGAUGGGUGAAGAUGAAAGCCGUAUCACAAAGAUCUUCGAAGCAAACCUUGGGCAUCAGAAGGAUAUCGAUGACUUCCUUGCGGAAGCACACAAUAUUGCGAAUAUGACAGUGUCUGUUUUCGACAUGAAGCUGUUCGAGGACCGCGGAUCAGACCGACCUCUGGAUCGGGGAGGCUCUAUGAGUGAGGUGAUGGGCGGCAUUGACAAAUCUGCUCCGCUGGUUGUCAAAUAUCCAGCACCGCAACCAUCACAAGAGAAGCUGCGGAAAGUGACUGGAGUAUACUGGUCUACAUGGGCAGACGUGCAAUUGGUUGAGAUGGGCACAUUCCGCUGCCGAGAAGAUUGUCGCGCGCAUUUGCCCGCGAUCCCACGGAGUGACGCAAAUCGUUUUUCUUCUGAGUGGACAUGUGAAGGCUUAUCAUCACGGCCCAUCAGUUCUUCUCAUCACGUGCGAGACAGACGUAACAUUCUUGGUGGCGAAGGUGGACAAAUCGCGCACAUUCUGCCACACAGUGCCAAUUGCGCAGAAGUGUGGCAGCCCGCUUUGGCCACACUUUUUGCAGAUGAUCCAAAGCAAACUGGUGGAGUUCCUCUCACCAAGCUCGUGCAAGGUUCCAAGGCCAGAAAUCUAGAACGUUAUUGUCUGAGGCAUGUCAAAUGGAACAAGAUGUGUUUCUGGAACGAGGCGGAGCUGUUUGACAAUCAGCGUGCCAUAGGGCUCAUCCCAUGCAUGGAUGUGCAGAGUAUGCUUGAUUGGCAUGGUGAGGGUUAUGUUGCGAUCCUUGUAGCAAAUAAGGCGGACAGCUAUCACAAGGUGCAAUUGACAGGUGAGCAGAAAGAUGCGACUGAGCAGCAGGUGGCGGCUGCUUUCGAGGGACUAUGCCGACUCCUGCGCCAUUUGGCCUCGAAAAGCGUGUCAAGCAAGAUCUUGAGAGCAGCGACAGCAGUUCGCGCCGAAUCCGACUCGCAUUCUAUGUGUCGGGCUUUCCACCGAUGGCUCGAUUCUCUCGCGAACGAACGCAAUGUUGCUGUGCCUACACCUACAAACGGUUUGAAGUUUCCUCUGGUGAGCUUUCAAAAAACUGAUUGGGAAUGGGCAACUGAAAGCAAUUUCACCGUCGUGCCUCACCAUGCGCCACAUCCAUUGUUGCUUAUGCUUCGAGCUUGCAACUUUCAUGUUCACUACGUAUCUCAAGGAAAGCAUCUAGUCCUUCCGGCAUGUCUUCCACCAAGCAGUGAAACUUCGGACUCGGAAGACUUUGGUGGUUACCUCCCCAGACUGAGAGAGUUGCGAGACUGGUGGGCGAAGCAUUCUACGUCCGCAGGAGCAGCUGACAUCGAAGACCUGCGCAGACUUUUGGCACAAAGAAGGUCUGUGAAAACAGUGAAAGCACUGAUUGCCGGUGUCAGUGGUAGCAGAUGGACACGACAGUCA